UUGACGCACUAAGACAGAUAUAUACACACAUUUUCUGCUACUUGUUCAAACUAUCAUUUAAUAUAAAUAAAACACGUAAAAAAUUUCCACCAAAAUGCAUUACACUCCGAUAUUGGUACUGAUCAUAGCUAGUACCAUUCAAGGCGUACCAUCCAAUAAGAGAGAUUUUUAUGACACUAUAGCCUCACCCGGUCAAUUUCCUUUCGUGGUCUCUAUCGACGACCCAGUGGACGCCUCUUCCGACAUCCCUCAACCCGCACACGACUGUCCCGGCGUCAUCAUCAACAACAACUGGGUACUAACAGCAGCUCGUUGCUUCUCAUACUUAAAAUUCAACCGAACAGUCAACGUUGGCACCAAUGUACUUCACUCCGGUGGUACUAGAUACAACAUGAUCGAUUAUUUCCAACACGAUAACUAUACUAUCACUAGUACCAAAAACAACAUAGCACAAAUACGAAUCGAUGGCCAAUUCGAAUUCAACGAGUUGGUACAACCCAUAGAAUAUGGAGAUUUUGAGGAAAAUUCGGCGUGCGUUGAAAUUGGAUGGGAAUAUCUUGGCAGCUUCGAAUUUCUUGAAGAUUUAAGGUUCAUAAAUCUAACUGCUAUUGGUUACGAGAAGUGUAAGGACAUUGCGGGAGAGGUACUAGGAGAUGAGGACCUGGGACCUGAACAGAUGUGUAGUUUGAGACCCGAAGGAGGUGAAUCUUGUCGUGGAAAUGCCGGUGGACCUCUGGUUUGUGACGGGAAGUUGGUAGGAAUCGGGUCUUUCGCGCUUCCUCCGUGUGAAGAGGGGUCUGCGAAUGUGUAUGAGAGACCGAUGGCUUAUAUUGACUGGAUUGAGAGAAUCAUCCGAGAAAAUUAGUGUUGUUUGUAAUAGUUAAAGUGUCCGAGAUGUUCUAUCUUAAGUACGUUUAGAUGAUUAGGCAACCAACAUUACUUGCGCUGGCCAUCGAUUGUUUAAAUGACCCUCAACUUAUUUAUUUUAAAACAAAGCAAAA